AUGAGCCAACACCUAUCGCAGCAACAACUGCAGCAACAACAACAACAACAACAGCAACAGCAGCAGCAGCAACAGCAAUCACAACAAUCACCUCAUAUACAUCCAAAUGUAGUCGGUGCACCUGCAGCACCAGGUCAGAGUGCCACACCUGGUGGGUUUAAUGGUCAGCCUAUGCAUCAUAUGCAACAUCCUUUUUCACCACAUCUACACAUGCAAUAUCAGCAAUAUCAACAACAUCAGUUACAUCAUCCAAUGCAGCAGCACACUACAGCUCAGCAACAGGCAGCACAAGCAGCACAUGCACAAGCACAAGCACAAGCUCAUGCGCAGGCACAACAACACCAUCAACAGCAACAACAACAGGCACAAGCACAAGCACAAGCACAACAGCAACAUGCACAAGCACAGGCACAACAUCAUCAACAGCAACAACAGGCGCAAGCACAAGCUCAAGCACAGGCACAGGCACAACAAUUACAUCAACAACAGUUAGCCCAUGCUCAACAACAGCAACAACAACAGGCACAAGCACAAGCACAAGCUCAAGCACAGGCACAAGCACAAGCGCAACAGCAACAGCAACAACAACAGGCACAGGCGCAGGCACAGGCACAAGCACAGGCACAACAACAGCAACAACAAGCACAGGCACAGGCACAACAACAAGCACAACAACAGCAACAACAACAAGCACAACAGCAACAACCAAGUGCAACUCAGCAACAAGCACAAGCAACACAACCAAGUGCACCGAAUACACAAGCCACACCACAGCCAACGCACAGUAUGGAUGAAAUUGUAGCAAAGCUUGCAGAAUUUGCCAAAUAUCAUUUGAAACGACCAACAGAUAACUCAUUGGGAUUUUGGGAGAAUUUUAAUGCACAGGUUCACAUCGAUGGAACCCUAUCAGUCUAUUUUACACCGGAUCUUAAGAUUAUAUCGUUCCACUUUGAGUCACUGGGAUUUCAAGAGCUAAUACCGAAGCCACUGAUCGAACGUUUCUUUUUGGAGUACAACAAACAGCCAAACACACCACAACAAUCACACAUUGCUUUGAAAUCACUUGAGAAACAUUUAACAUCACCUGUCAACUCCAUGGGUGUACCUCCACUCAUAAUGCAUUACUAUGAAUUAACCGAUGUAGUCAAUCAAAUUUGCACAAAAUAUAAAUUUUCAAAAUCACCAAAAGAAUUUGAUCAAUUACAAUUACAACAACAACAACAGCAACAACAACAACAACAAUCGAAAAAUAAACAGUCAUUUGUUGUACCAACUAUGACAAGUCAAAAAUCAUUUCAAGAAUCAGCUACAAACAACAAUAGUAGUAGUAGUAGUAGUAAUAAUAAUAAUAAUAACAAUGGUAAAUCAAAUGAAAAGAAUAAUGAUUCGAGUAAUGCUACUGCAAACAAAGCGGAAGCAAACAAAUCCAGUAAUAGUAAUAGCAGCAGUUCAACUAGUAGCAGUAGUAGUAGUGGCGCAAAGGAUAAAGUAUAUAAGUUUCAAAUUUCACAUCAACAAAAGGAAUUAAAAGAACAACAUCACCCAGUCGGAAAGAAAAAGACAGUGUAUAAGGAUUUCGAUAACGAUAAGCAUAUGCAUAAAGCACAAAAGACCGGUGAGCACAAUGAAAAGUCAUCGACAGACGAGAGCGGAAAGGAGUCACAAUCGAUGGAAGGAAGCUAUUCCUCACCAACCGUUGUACCCGUAGCCAACGAAGGCAGCAGUAACCCAAGAGCAAAGGGAUCAAAGAGGAGAAAGCAGUUGUCUUCUUCCUCACUUUCAAGCAGCUCUCCAGGCACACCAGCAACACCGGUCUCCACACCACCGAUCACCUCAAACACCAACACACCAAAUACCUCGAAUUCACCGCUGGCAAGCAGCACUGCCACCAACACUUCAUCGACGACACUAAACAAGUCUGGUUCAUCAGUACAACCACCUCAACUUUCGACAUCAGUAGUUGGUGUACCUCCACCUGUCCAGCACCACCCAUAUACUCUCUCAAACAGCGCACCAGCAGUUCCAAAUGGAAGUUAUCCUAAUGGCGGAAGACCGUUGGCCAAUGGCUCAUUGCCGUCGCCAGUACAAUCGCCCAACCCUCUGUAUCAAAACUUUAUGCAACAACAACAAGCACAACAACAAGCAGUUGGCAAUGCAUUCCAACAGCAGCAGCAACCACCAACAAACCAAGCACAAGCACAACAACAAUAUAUGAUGCCACCACAACAAGCCUAUCACUAUCACAACUCACAGUUUCCACAUCCUGGAUCUAAUCCACAAACCAAUCAACGUACUCAUAACGGACAACCACCUUCACCCUCACAAAUGCAAUUUUCAACACAGCCACCAUCUGCACAGUUUGCCAACCAACAGCCUUUAAUGAUGUAUAAUUAUCCAUACCAAGUUUAUCCAAAUUCACAGGUACCACCCAUUUCACCAGCGGCAUUUAAUCAGCCUCCAUCACCAACCAAUCCAACAGCCACAAACAAAAACACUCAAAACGCAUCACCAACUCACCAGUUUGCUCAACCAACCCCACCCACCUCUUCUAAAUCUAAAUCGUCCAAAGCCAACAAUAACAACAAUAAUAAUAACAACAGCAACAGCAACAACAACAACAGUAAUAAUAGUCAACAACCAACACAAUAUAAUCAAAAUGGCACGCAACCUCCAUCAACGCCUCCCACACAAAUUUCUUCAAUACCUCCACCUCCUACACCUCCACAACAUCCGGAUGAGCAUAUACCCUCAUCGCAAUCACAACAUCCACAGAUGCCUCAACAGAAAUCUGAAGAGCUAUUUCAACCAAUUCAAGAUAUGCAUCCUUUCGAAGAGUUCCUCCAACAGAAUGCAAUAGAAUUAUUUGAUGAUGCAUCUUAA